AGGCGGGCGGGCCAAAAAGAGCGGAGUCACGGCUGGCGGGAGGGGGAGCGGAAUUUGUGGGCAGUUGGAAAGCCCGCGAAAUGCUCUUUCCGCUUGCGAAGCAGGGAGCGAGAUCUUGGGCUGGAGGAAGAGGAGGUGCUCCCCGUCUGGGCCCCGCCUUCUUCUCGGGCCAUUGCCCCGGUUCCGCGCAGCUUUUCGGCUCGGCCCUCAGCCCCGCCUCUUUCAGAAGGGUGUCCCAUCCCCGUUGGCCUUUCGGGGUCCUCGGCCUUGUCAGACCGCGCUUGGCCGUCUCCAGGCCCCCUCCGGUAGUCCCUGGCUGCCCUUCUGCUGGCUCCACUCCCCAGCCCCGUCCGCGGGUCGGGCCCGCUCCCUUUCCCGAGGGGCUGGAGCCGUCGCCACGCGCUGCUCGGUCCGGGCCGCCCGGGACUACAGCUCCCAGCAGGCCGAGCGCCUGGCCCCGCCGCGGCCGUCAGGUGGCCUGUCGCCUGACCGCGGAUUCUCAGUGGUUUCGCUCCGAGGAGAGCUGACUGCCCUGGGCUGCUGCUGAAUUCUGGCAGAACUGAGCCAAAAUGUCCCCGGAAUCUAAAAAGCUUUUCAACAUCAUUAUUUUAGGAGUUGCCUUUAUGUUUAUGUUCACCGCCUUUCAAACUUGUGGAAAUGUGGCGCAAACUGUCAUCAGGAGUCUAAAUAGCACAGAUUUUCACGGCAGUGGAUAUACCAGCAUGGCAAUUAUUUAUGGAGUAUUCUCUGCUUCAAAUUUGAUUACACCGUCAGUGGUUGCCAUUGUAGGACCUCAACUGUCUAUGUUUGCCAGUGGUUUAUUUUACAGCAUGUACAUUGCCGUUUUUAUCCAGCCUUUCACAUGGUCCUUCUACACAGCCUCUGUUUUCAUUGGCAUUGCAGCUGCUGUGCUUUGGACAGCACAGGGAAAUUGCUUGACAAUAAAUUCAGAUGAGCACACGAUUGGGAGAAACAGUGGAAUUUUCUGGGCACUCCUACAGUCUAGUUUGUUCUUUGGAAAUCUGUACAUAUAUUUUGCCUGGCAAGGGAAAACUCAAAUAUCAGAGAGUGACCGAAGAACAGUGUUUAUUGCCCUAACGGUGAUUAGCCUUGUGGGAACAGUUCUGUUCUUUCUUAUUCGGAAACCAGAUUCUGAAAAUCUCCUAGAAGAUGAAUCUUCUGAUGACCAGGACCUGGAAGUCAAUGAGUCUGCCCAGAACAACAUGACAAAGGCAGUAGAUGCAUUUAAAAAGUCUUUUAAGUUAUGCACCACCAAGGAGAUGCUCCUUCUUAGUGUUACAACUGCUUACACAGGUCUGGAAUUGACUUUCUUCUCUGGUGUGUAUGGAACCUGCAUUGGUGCUACAAACAAGUUUGGAGCAGAAGAGAAAAGCCUUAUCGGGCUUUCUGGCAUCUUUAUUGGCAUUGGAGAAAUUUUAGGUGGAAGCCUCUUUGGCCUGCUGAGCAAGAAUAAUCGCUUUGGCAGAAACCCAGUUGUGUUGUUGGGCAUCCUCGUGCACUUUAUAGCAUUUUACUUAAUAUUUCUUAACAUGCCCCAAGAUGCUCCUAUUGCUCCUGUGGAGGGAACUGACAGCAGUGCUUACAUCAAGCCCAGCAAAGAAAUUGCCAUUCUCUGCAGUUUUCUAUUGGGUCUUGGGGACAGCUGCUUCAAUACCCAACUGCUUAGUAUUUUAGGCUUUCUCUAUUCUGAAGACAGUGCACCAGCUUUUGCCAUCUUCAAGUUCGUUCAGUCUAUUUGUGCAGCCGUGGCAUUUUUCUACAGCAACUACCUUCUCCUUCACUGGCAACUCCUGGUCAUGGUGAUAUUUGGUUUUUUUGGAACUGUUUCCUUCUUCACUGUGGAGUGGGAAGCUGCUGCCAUUGUUGCCCGGGGCUCGGACUACCGGAGUAUCUGAUGAGUUGCCAGUGAGGACCAUGCACCUCUUCAGAAAACACAGCUGGCCGCAGAGCUUGGUGGAAGAGACCCUCUUUCAUUUUCACAGUGUAUCAGAUCAUGUUCAGUAUGGAAAAUUGAAGAAUUAAGACUGUUAAGUCAGCUAGAGUGGUAUCAAGUUUACAGAUAGGAGCUAUUUAAAACAAGUGAAAUAAGGGAAAGCUUUUUGUCUAUAUGAUUUUUGAAAGAUAUUGUUUUAUAGUUCAUCUUUCUCUAGUCCCUUACAAUCAUGAUAGAAUGCAGAGAUUUUCUUGUCCCUCCUGUUCUCGUUGAAAAAUCCUGCCUUGAUUCAAAAUACCUGGCCAUAAGUUAUGUAAAGAUUUUUUCUGG